GUUUCGUUUUUUGCUUUUCAGCCAAGGCUGUCCCAGCUUAGCCAGCUCCUGCCCCACUGCCAAGAUGAUCAUCUGCUCCUCCAUGGCCACUGCCAGGGUUGGGCGAGGAACUGUGGUGGGGUGCAUGCACCUUGCCUGGCAUUCAUGCAUGUGUGUGCCACGCCGUGUGCACAUGUGUAUAUAUGCACAGAACUCAGACACCUGGAGAGAUAUUAGGGCCAGGCAUGUGUGGUCAAGUCCAGGGUCUCUGUUCCCAUGCCCCGGAAGUCCUGGAUUCCCAUCCCAGCUCUGCUGAGGACCGGCUGUUGACCUGGCAAGGCUCUGUGAGCUUCAAGCUCCUGCGUCCGUCAAAAGGACCGAUGGCAUGAACUGCAGUAGCAUGGGUCACAGGUUCUGGCGCGCCUGAUGCAUGGGGUGCACAGCUCUCGUUUGUUGGGGCUGGAAGAGCGUGCGUGGUGGGGUGAGGUGGCUGUGGGGUCAGACGGUCAGUCGCUUCUAGCUGUGAGUGCCUUCCCACACGGAGCUUCAGUCUCUUCCUCGUGAAACUGAGCCCACAAGAGCGCACGCGCACCUCACCAGGACUAGUCAAGGGCCUUCUGGUGACUGGUCCCUCUUCAGCUGGUGCGUGAGAAAUGGCAGCUGCUGCUAAUGCAGCCUUGAGGACCACGUGCCCGCCCAGCACCGUUACUUAGAAGACAGGAUUCAAGAGGGGCUGCCCCUUCCGGAGCUGGCCUGGGGACGAGCCAGGGCCCCCCUGUCCCCGGGAUGACCACAGCCAGCCGGGCCAACCCCUACAGCAUCGUGUCGUCGGAAGAGGACGGGCUGCAUCUGGUCACCAUGUCGGGUGCCAACGGCUUUGGUAACGGGAAGGUGCACACACGGCGCAGGUGUCGGAACCGCUUUGUGAAGAAGAACGGCCAGUGUAACAUCGAGUUUGCCAACAUGGACGAGAAGUCGCAGCGCUACCUGGCUGACAUGUUCACCACCUGCGUGGACAUCCGCUGGCGCUACAUGCUGCUGCUCUUUUCACUGGCCUUCCUGGCCUCCUGGCUACUGUUCGGUGUCAUCUUCUGGGUCAUCGCCGUGGCCCAUGGAGACCUGGAGCCAGCCGAGGGCCGGGGCCGCACGCCCUGUGUCAUGCAGGUGCACGGCUUCAUGGCUGCCUUCCUCUUCUCCAUCGAGACGCAGACCACCAUUGGCUACGGGCUGCGCUGUGUGACGGAGGAGUGCCCUGUGGCCGUGUUCAUGGUGGUGGCACAGUCCAUCGUGGGCUGCAUCAUCGACUCCUUCAUGAUCGGUGCCAUCAUGGCCAAGAUGGCCCGGCCCAAGAAGCGGGCGCAGACACUGCUGUUCAGCCAUAAUGCUGUGGUGGCUCUGCGCGAUGGCAAGCUCUGCCUCAUGUGGCGCGUGGGCAACCUGCGCAAGAGCCACAUCGUGGAAGCCCACGUGCGGGCUCAGCUCAUCAAGCCGAGGGUCACAGAGGAGGGUGAGUACAUCCCGCUGGACCAGAUCGACAUCGACGUCGGCUUUGACAAGGGUCUCGACCGCAUCUUCCUGGUGUCGCCCAUCACCAUCCUGCACGAGAUCGAUGAGGCCAGCCCGCUCUUCGGCAUCAGCCGGCAGGACCUGGAGACAGACGACUUUGAGAUCGUGGUCAUCCUGGAGGGCAUGGUGGAGGCCACAGCCAUGACCACCCAGGCCCGCAGCUCCUACCUGGCCAACGAGAUUCUGUGGGGCCACCGCUUCGAGCCUGUCCUCUUUGAGGAGAAGAACCAGUACAAAAUUGACUACUCGCACUUCCACAAGACCUACGAGGUACCGUCCACGCCCCGCUGCAGCGCCAAGGAACUGGUGGAGAACAAGUUCCUGCUGCCCAGCGCCAACUCCUUCUGCUAUGAGAAUGAGCUGGCCUUUCUGAGCCGCGACGAGGAGGACGAGGUGGACGGAGACCAGGAUAGCUGCAGCCCCCAGGCCAGGCAUGACUUUGACAGGCCCCAGGCCAGCAGCAGUGGAGGCCUGGAGCAGCGGCCCUAUAGACGGGAGUCAGAGAUCUGAGCCACCGUCAGCCAAGGUGCAGCAUCCACCCUGCCAGGGCGAGGCCCGGUGUCCUGAAGGGGCCCCAAUUCAGCAGAGCGGGCCAGGCGCCCGGGUCACAGACUCAGUAGCAUUUUAGAUGUUUUGUGUUUCUUCAGAAUGGUGUCAGAAAGUUGGCCAGAGACUGGGGGCUGGAGUGGGCCGCCCCCAGCCUCCGAGGCUGGAGCAGGUGCACAGAGGUGGCCUUCUGGGGGCCAGGAUAGAGCUGCAGUCUGCGUGGGAACAGCACGGCAGCCACCCAGCCUUGUGGGCAAAGGCUGGCAGGUCACAGUGUACCUCGCUGGUUUUUAACUUGGGGAGAAACACUGGGUUUGGCUUUCUCAAUCUUAGCUUGAGUAAGACUGUUUACCAAAAUAACACAAAAAACAAGAUUUAAGUGAUUGAAAAAAAUGUUUUUUAAUUCAUGGGGUUAAAAAAAGGACAAUUAGAAUUC